CUUGGCGAUAGGGGACGUUGGAGUCAGUCGAGGGGCUCUUCUGUUCCAAAACUGCCUCAAGUUUGAACUUCACCCUUGUAACGAAAACGGCAUCUACCAUGCUCCCACACGCCCAACUCGCCUCCUUCGGACCCAGAUGACUUAUCGCUGACCUGGAGUUCUCGUUGCAUUUGGCCACGAUCUCACACCGGAUCUGAGCCUUUCCGUCGUCGUCCCGGGAACCCCAGACAAUAGCCUUGCUGGCUCGGCGGUGAUGCUUGUCCACGGGUGUCAUCGGACUCGGCAUGAGCGCUUUCGAGCCCUCGAUUUGCUGGUCAAAUUGUUUGUCAUCUGUUGGGCCGUGUUCCAGAUGAUCACUAGAGAUACGGGCAAGCUUACGUGCUCGUAGUAUACCUACCUACCCAGCUUGAGCUGAACGUUGAAGGACUUUACCAGAACACAUGGUUGGCCUGCAAGUACAAGCUUUUGAGGAGUCUCAACGGCUUCAGAUGUGUGGGCCCAAUGUCUCCGGUGGCCGAGAAACAAAACAUUCUUUUGCUCAGUAUUAUCGAAUCCAGUCCAUUACGGUCGCCUGUGGGAGGACACGGCCUGAGCUGAUUCUGCCUUCGAUGAACCCAUGCUCCAUGAACGGACUCUCUUCUGUCCGUCCAGGAAUCCAUUUCCAGCCCGGACUCACCCGUCCGGUUUCGAUAUGCCCUAGGCUACUCUAUCAACGCUAUGUGUUUCUGGAAUGGCCCGGAUGUCAUUUUGGUAUUCAAGAACUCCGGGUUUGUUUCGUCCCAUCCGCGGUCAACCUCCACGUGCGGUAUCCCCCUGUCUAUAUUCAAAGUGUGCUCACAAGCCUUCGACUUACCAUGGUAUGCUUGGCCUACCCUUCCAUCCCAUGUUUUCUCUCCCCAUCCAUCCCACCUUGAUCAAACCAACUACGAGUCAGCAAAUCCACGAGUUGGCUUUGAUGACCUGACGACGACCGGUCCGAGGCCACUGUUGCGGCUUACCGCCAUCGCCAACCUUGUGAUUGCCUUACAACCAUCCCGAUGUCGCCCUUUAACGCUUUGGAUGGAGGAGGCGGGUGGUUAGAGUCGCGGGUCGACACACGAUGGACGCCGGAAAGUGAUUCGAGUCGGGCAGGCUAUAGCAUGCUUCAAUCGGCGACGAACCCGGCGGAUUCACAGACCUUCACCCAAUUCCGGUUUGCCGCCGCCAAAUCCAUCAGAACAUCCACCGUCAUCUUGGCCUCUUUCAACACCAUUGCAGCUUUUGCGACAGCUGUUGGAAUUCUGGUCGAUACCUACCAUCGCGAGAAGAGGGAGAACAAGAGGUUUAGGUUCAGUCGGAAUGGCUUCUCCUUUGUGCCCGCGACCGAAGCGUUUCCACUUAUCCUAUCAGUCGGUAUUGUUGUCCAGGGCAUCACAUUCGCCGUUGCUCAGUCAACGGGACUCGGCUCGCUCUUCGGAUCCGGAUGCACCUUGAUUGCCGUGUUCAUGCUUCCUGCUGUUUUCAUCGUUCCAUACAUCCAGUUAGUGUUCGGACUUGAAGUCACAAUAAGGGGCCUGCUAAAGAAGCCAUUUGCUCCGCGAGGGAGGUGGAACGUGACAAUCUGCCUUUCCGUGGUUGGCCUGCUUCUGCUUUUGAACUUAUUGGUGGCCAUUUUCGAUCGUUCGUCCAAUUUUUGCCUUACUUCGCUGUUCUGGUUUGUUGCACACUAUUCAGUCUGGUGCUUUGGUCUUUUAGUGGGCAUUUCUGGUCUGCUCUUGGUUUGCGUCGUGGUCAUCUUCGUGAGGUUGCACCGGAGCAACAAGAUCGCCCUCAUCGAGAGAGCUGCGGCUUCAAGGAUGGUUUAUUAUAUGACCCUAGCGAUCAUAUCGGAGGCAUUCAUGAUCCCCUACUUUUAUGUCAUAGCUUUUGAUGGCCAACGAAGGCACGCUCUCAACUUGUCUAUGGUAACUACUGUCGUCGCCAAUAUCUCAGGAUUGAUGACAGGAGGCCUAUACCUGUUCCUGAAAUCAAACACUAUAUCCACGAUCGGUCCGAAGAACAAGGAUGCCGAUUACGAGAAUCGAAGGGAAGGGUACAAUAAGACUGAACGCUACGAGUCCGGUGGACUGGACUUCGACAGUCACAUCAUGCGACCGGUGACGAGCCCCGGACAGGUUCGCCGCAUGGGCAGCAACGCAAGUCUACUAAGGACGGCCAAAGACAAAGCAGAAAACAGCCCCACAACACCAACCUUUCUUUUCCGUGCACCAACGAUACCACAGCACGCGCAGACACCCUCUGCCGCCAGCCACAUGCGAAAAGAGUCCUACUCGCUCUUCCCGAUCCGCCCACCGACCACAAGACCAUGUGCCACCCCACUACCAUCCAUAACAUAUGCACCAGCUGCCUCCCAAUCUGCGGACGCCGAUACCCUCAAACCGCCACCAUCAAUGGGCUUCCUCGCCGCCCGUGGACACCGACGGAACUCUUCACUGUGUUCAUCAGCAACAGUCCAAAUCGGUCUGCGUCUCUCAUCAGUUGAGGACGUGUCUCCACUCUUGAGCCCAGGUACCGACGUUCACACCAUCAGUUGCCCAAAGCACAAUCAGAAGGACACGACGAAACCAGAAAGGAGACAGCCUCCUCGACUGAUAACGGACUUUGAUACGCCUAUCGACAGAGAAUUCCCGUCGAGGGGUUCGAUGAACACAAAGCCCGAGGAGGGCCACGAACAGCUCGAGACGCUCAGCCCGACUGUCUAUGAUCCGAAAAGUCCGGCGGAGGAGCCCGUGUUGCUCAGUGCGAAGGUCUAUACGCCAACGGAACCGGCUGAGAGGAAGCUGGAGACUCUUAGUCCAAAGGUUUACUCGCCAACAGGCUCAGCUGAAGAGGUGGUGACGCUUAGUGCCAAGACGUAUUCGCCUACAACACCUACCAAGGCAAAACUACCUAGUCCUCGAAGCCCGGUAGCUGAUGGCGGGGAAUUGUUGUCGAGUGCGAGGUAUACCCCGUGACGAACCGACACGACAUCACAAUACAAGCUAAGAGAGACUGAGAUCUGUGACGAUUGAAACUCGACGUAACUGAGACGACUUGUGGCCAAUCAAUAUGCCUAAUGGUUAGGCACAAAGACCUAAAGGUUUUAUUUUAUUUGUUUUCGCAUGGCGUUGUAGGGUUUGUCAUUUGGGCUAUAUACCUAGACUUCACUGUCUCUUCGCUUUCUGUUCUCUUCUUUUGUUUCAUUUGUUUAUAUCCUUCUCCAGUUUGCUGGCACACCGAGGGAAGCUGUAUCAUAUGUACCAUUUAUUUGAGUUAGAAAC